AAACUGUGGACUCUGAGAGAACUUAUUGCAUUUCUGGUUUAAUAUUCUUUCAGGAAAAAAUAUUUUCUGAACAAAAACUGUUUCCUCCACACUGUUUACAUCUCCAAUAAUCUCGUCGCUGCUAAAGAUAACUCUGCGAGAUCUACAAAGUCAAGGUUGUAAAUGGCGCUAGAAACGAUUUUAUCGGGUAACUGGAUAGAUAUAGGACUCAUUGGUAGUUUAACAUUGAUUGUCAUCGUAUACUUUAGAGAAAAAUGGGACAAUCUUUUCGCAGAGAAACCAAAGACACCGCCGACGCACAAAGGCUGGAUUCCAUGGCUUGGCCUUGCACUUGAAUUUGGCAAAGGUCCGCUGCAUUUCAUCGACCGUAAACGAAAAGAGCUUGGCUCAGUGUUUUCUAUCAAAGUUGCUGGUGAAUAUAUGACUUUUUUAACGGACCCAAAAGACUUUCAGCAUUUCUUUCUUUCGCCAUGUUUAGAUUUUCAAAAAGCUGUUCAAGGUCCGGUACAAAACGUCGCAUCAAUAACUAAAGAAUCAUUUUUCAAGUACCAUAGCAGCAUUCAUGAUUUAGUGAAAGGGAAAUUGGCCCCAUCCAAUCUUUCACCAUUGAUGUCACAUAAACUAUACAAAGAAUUUGAGGAACAGCUUGGAAAACUCCCAUCGCAUGGUAAAAUGGAUCUGAACAGAUUAAUAAGAACCAUUAUGUAUAAAUCGGUACUUAAUAUCGUUUUUGGAAAAAAUAUUCUCCCCACCGACAAUGACGAACAAUACCAAAUACUGGAAGAGCACUUUACAAAAUUUGAUCGUCAAAUUGAAUAUGGUUCUAAAUUGCCUGCGUUUGUACUGGGUGCCUGGUCAAAAUCAAGAAAAUAUCUUAUUACUAUGUUUCAAAAUAUUGUUGAUCCGGAAAAACAAAAAUCACAAGAGUUAUGCCCAGAUGAUAAGACAUUGCUUCAUAAUUUACUAGAAUGUGUCGACAUAGAAAAUGCCCCGAAUUAUUCUGUUCUGCUCUUAUGGGCAACUUUAGCUAAUAGUAUUCCAAUGGUAUUUUGGACAAUAGCAUUUAUUGUUACACAAGAAUCAGUCUAUAAAAAAGUAUGUGAAGAAAUAGAGAGAGAACUACCGUCCACGUUUGAAACAAUUUCAGAUGCAGAUUUACGAAAAUUGCCAUAUUUAAAAAGCUGUAUUCUGGAAACAGUAAGAUUAAGAUCACCAGGAAUUAUACCACGUUAUGUUACCAAACCAUUUGAAGUGAAGGGGUACACAGUGCCAGCCGGAAAUCUCGUUUUUGCCUCACCGUUUUGGGCUCACAGAAAUCCAGAGUAUUAUCCAGAUCCAGAAACACAUAAACCUGAAAGAUGGAAUAUGAAAGAUGUUGAAAGAAACAUUUUCCCAGAAUAUUUUUUUGCCUUUGGUGGUGGAAGGUUUCAGUGCCCAGGAAGGUGGUUUGGUUUAAUGGAGAUACAAAUAUUCGCCAUAAUGUUUUUAAAACAAUUCAAAUGUGAAGCAUUUGACCCAGUUCCUCCUCCGAGUCCUCUUCAUGCUGUUGGAACGCAGCAACCAGAAGGUCCAUGUAUGAUUGAGUUUACUCGAUUACCCGGAAAAUGUUGAAUCUGAGCUGUAUAUUUUUAUAAUACUGAUACAUUUCAUCUCGAUCAUAAUUCAUGUUAUUUAUUCAUCAAAGUCCAUAAAUCAUUAUGUUAUUACACUACAUGUUCACUACCAAAGUUAUUACAUAUAUCAUUAUAUUGUAUUGUUGAACGAAUCUUAUUUAUAUAUAAAUAUAUAUUAUAUAUUCCUUUGUAAAUGAUUUAUAAAUAAUUGUUAUAUAACUAACUAGUCAAUAUUUAUUAGUGUAUGAAUAUAUAAUAUGUACGGUAUUCACUGUUAUUAUAUUUAACCUUGCAUUUAUUAAAUAGAAAAUUGUGUAUAUAUAUAUAUAUCAUAUAUGACAAAAGGAUGUAUGUCUUGUGUAUAUAUGAACUGAGGUUAGAGUCUCGUUAUUUAUUGAUGGUCAACAUGUAUGAACAUUUCAAAACUUGUGUAAUAAUAUUUACGGGAGACAUUUGUCGCAGCAUAUUUUUUAAAACAUACAAUAUGGAACUUAAAUUAUAUUAUUGAAACACGUUAUUGAAACACAUUAUUGAACCGUAAAAUGACUAUCAUAUAUAUUGUUUGAAGAAAAUAUAUAUCUUUACUAAAAUGGGAUAUAUAAGUGUUAGAUAGUUAUUGCAUACAUAUUAUUAUACAUUGCCAAUUUUAAUUUAGCGUAUGUUUAAAUCGUGAUUAUAUAAUAAAGUGAUAAAGUAUUGUAUACUUGGUGAAUUAUGUUGAUCAUAAUAAUAUUAUGUAAAUAAUCUAGUUGUUAAUUCCAUAUUUAUGAAUAUAGUCUGUUAUUGUUUGCCUUAUUUGUUUUCUGAAAUACUGUUGUUGUUUAGAUGGUUUUACCAUUAAUUGUACAUUUGACUACACGUUAAUUAAACAAAG